AUGACUUCUAACUGCUACGGCUCCCGCCUCAGUGGGCGGGUUUCAAAGGCCAAGGCUGCCUCCCAGUGCCUCUCGGCCAACCUGGCUCAUGCCAACCGAGUCCGUGUGGGGUCAACGCCCCUGGGCCGACCCAGCCUCUGUCUGCCGCCCAGCUGUAACGCUGCUUGCCUCUUGCCUGGGUCCUGCCACAUUCCAGGCAACAUUGGAAGCUGUGGGUCCUGUGGUGAAGGCACCCUGAACGGUCAUGAGAAGGAGACGAUGCAGUUCCUGAAUGAUCGCCUGGCCAACUAUCUGCAGAAGGUGCGGCAGCUGGAGCAGGACAACGCGGAGCUGGAGACCAAGAUCCGAGAGUUCAGCAAAUGCCAGGAACCCUAUGUGUGCCCAGACUACCAGUCCCAUUUCCGGACCAUUGAGGAGCUCCAGCAGAAGAUCCUGUGCAUCAAAUCUGAGAACAACAGGCUGGUCGUGCAAAUAGACAAUGCCAAGCUGGCUGCAGACGACUUCAGAACCAAGUAUGAGACAGAGCACUCACUCUGCCAACUGGUGGAAGCUGAUAUCUGCGGCCUGCGCAGGGCCCUGGAUGACUUCACCCUUGCCAAGUGUGACCUGGAGGCCCAGCUGGAGUCCCUGAAGGAAGAGCUCCUCUGUCUCAAGAAGAAUCACGAGCAGGAAGUCCACACUUUGAGGUGUCAGCUGGGAGACAGGCUCCGGAUUGAGCUGGACACUGAGCCCCCUGUGGACCUGAAUAGGGUGCUGGGGGAGAUGCGGUGCCAGUAUGAGGCCAUGGUGGAGACCAAUCGCCAGGAUGUGGAGCAGUGGUUCCAAGCUCAGUCUGAAGGCAUCAGCCUGCAGGCCAUGUCCUGCUCUGAGGAGCUACAGUGUUGCCAGUCAGAGAUCCUGGAGCUGAGAUGCUCGGUGAACGCCUUGGAGAUUGAACUCCAGGCUCAGCACGGCCUGAAAAACUGCCUGCAGAACUCUCUGUGUGAAUCUGAGGCCCGCUACAGCACUGAGCUGGCCCAGAUGCAGGGUCUGAUCAGGAAUGUGGAGGAGCAGCUCGCUGAGAUCCGGGCUGACCUGGAGCGGCAGAACCAGGAGUACCAGGUGCUGCUGGAUGUCCGGGCCCGGCUGGAGGGUGAGAUCACCACGUACCGAGACCUUCUGGAGAGCGAGGACUGCAAGCUUCCCUGUAACCCAUGUGCGACCCCAGCCUCCAAUACCCCCUACCCAGCCCCUGCGGCCUGCACCCCAUGUCCUCCCUGCCUCUCCAGGCCUCCUCGGGCCUCUCGGUGUCCUGGGUCCUCUAUUUUAUCUCGUCUGUUGCCUCCUGGUCUCCUGGAGAUGUGGCAGGCAUCUCGUAUCAUUUUGCUAAUAAACUUCACUUCUGCAGCAGAAUGA